CAUCCAAUGUGCAGAGAAACCGUCUAGUUCAGCAUGACCUGCAAGUGGCCAAGAAACUGCAAGAGGAGGAGAAUAAGAAAGCCCAAAUUCAGCUUCAGAGACAACAGCAAGAGAUAUAUGCUGGGUGCGUCCUGGCCACCGCUGUACCCCUGCAUGCUUCGCGGAUCGGUAUCGGUCGGCGGCCUGGAGGGUGGGGACCACUGCACCACCCCAACCUCCGACUCAGCCUAACACACCAUCAUCAGUGUGCUUGGCGCUGCCUUCCCAAUUCCGGGACAACCAGAUGGCCCAGGUGAUUCGGGAUGAGCUCGCCCUGGAGAAUGAGAAAAAGCGACGUCAGGAGGAGAAGGACGAGGCCAUUGCUCGUAAACUCCAGAAGGAGGAGGAGAGGCUGCGACGGAAGCACCAGGUGUUAGACCGUGAACCAUUAGAUGCUGUCUUUGAUGAAAAUAGAGACCAUAGGAAAACUAGGGUGCGCAGACCUGAUAGAAAGAGCAAACCUGCCUGUGGCUCCCACGGAGACAGAGAGCCAAGGGACUCCCAGAGGAGGGGAGUCCGAGGAGAGUCAUGUUUGAAGGAUUCUGUGGAUGACUGGAUCGUUGAGCCGCCAAGACGUGGUCACACUGAGAGGCUUGGCAGUUCUGAGGUUGAGUGCGAUGAUGUCUGUCCAGGCACCAGACGACAGAAGGUUGGGAGCUGCGGUCCUCGGAAGGAACCACCAGUGAGACCUCCUCCACCAGUCACAAGCCCAAUCUCCAGCUACCACAGGCAGGGUGCUCGACCCAAAUCUGCCCCUGUGAGGGAUGAGUCCCAGAAUUCAUCGGACCGUGGAGUACCAUGUAGAGCAAAGCGUGACUGUAGCCCCGAACUGCUUGGGGCGUGUGGCUACAGUCCUGAGGAGCCGAGAGGACGAUGUAGCAAGGACAGCGAUGGCGGCAGGAGGAGGAAGGAACGGCGGCAGUCAGCGCGCUCACUGUCUCCUGACCUGCAGAUGAGUGAGGAGCAAUGUCCAGAACAAGGGCUGAAGGCCAGGAUGGAGUAUGGAGUUACGGAAGCCAUGCAUGGCAUUUCGAGAAUGUCCACCAAGGAGCUGGAGAUGAAGGAUGCUGAAUUAGCACAGAAACUCCAGCAAGAGGAGAUCAGGGCUACCCAGAGUUCUGAGAGAGCAGCUCAGUUGGCGCAAGAUGAGGAGAUUGCUCGUUUACUCAUGGAAGAGGAGAAGAAGCAAGUCCUCAGGAAGUCUAAGGAGAGAGAUUUUUCACGAAGGACAGAGGAAGAGCGGAGGAAGGGGUCAUCAGACUGGAGGAAACAUGACAUGGAGAGGAAGUAUGACGGCAGUGAGUAUGUCAGAGCCAGACCACGGGAUGAGCUGGAAUCACUAACGGGGAAACCUGAACGACCAGCAAGACCUCCUGCCUACCGAGUGGGCUCAGAAAACUUGGACCACAGGUCAAGCUCACAGCGCCCUUCACGUCCAGCCUCACGGCCCCCUGAGUCAUCACAGAAAGCUUCCUAUUACAGGCAAUGACUGAAGUGAAACCAUCAAGUUUUCUAAACGAAGAGGAUUAAGGUUGUGAGAGUUUCGCCUGUGGAUUGGGCCAGCAUUCCUGGGCUAAACGCAGCCUGUACUUCCUUUGACUCAUCAACGCAGGGACAUGCAGCACACCGGAAUGUAGUGAGGCAGUGCACAGCAAUUUGUCUUACAACUUUAGUCUUCAUCAUUGAUGUGUUUGCACAAACAGCAGGAGAGAGACCUUCUGAAAUGUUUUUUUAAAUUAACAAUGUUAAGUUGUACUAACCUUUUAUAUUUUUUUUGUUAACCAAUUAACCAGGGCUUCAGUUGGUCUUUGCAGCACUCUGCUCACCUUGCAAUGGCUUGCAUCUACAGCAGAACCCUCUCUCCCUUGACUGCCCCUCAUCCAUCUUAGCUUCACCAUCAAAUUGUUGCAUUAAAAUGAUGCAGUAAAUUCAAGGCUGGUGGAAUGAUUGAUUUUAAUAGCCGAGAAAGUGAGUUCAAAAGUCAAGAGGUUACGUUGCAACUUUAUAAAACUCUGGUUAGUCCAGUCUGGAGUUUUGAAACCAGUUCUGGUUGCGCCACUACUGGAAGGAUGCUGAGGCUUUGGAGAAGGUGAAGAAGAGGUUCACCAGUAUGCUACCUGGUUUAGAAGGCAUGUGCUAUCAUGAGAGGCUGGACAGGCUUGAGUUGUUUUCUCCAGAGGCUGUGGACAGCUCUAAUAGAGAUUUAUAAGAUUAUGAGAUGCAUAGAUGGAGUAGUCAGACAGUAUCUUUUUCCCAGGGUUGAAACAUACCAGAGGACAUGAUUCAAGGUGAGAGGGGGUAAUUUCAAAAGAGAUGCGAAGGGUGACUUUUUUAUACAGACAGGUGGGCCUGGAAUCUGCUGGCUGGGUGGUGAUAGAGGCAGAUACACGAAGGACAUUUAAGACAUGUUUAAAUUGACAUGGAUAUGACAAAGAUGGAGGUAUGGACAUUGUGUAGGUUGGAGGGAUUAGUUCUUGAGGAUUUUUGAUUUACAUUUUAGCUGAUUACUGUUCUAAAUUCUAUAUAUUACUUGAUACCUGAAGGCCCGGCACACACUCCUGAUGUGUUGUGACCAUUCUGUUAGAGUAGAAAUGUUCCUGCAGAAGAAACUGAUGUCUCAGAAAUGUACAUACUGUUAUUGUCAGAUUACUUUUGGUAAUUUUGCAUAUUUUAUUUUAUUUUGUUUAUUUAGUGAUACAGGGCAGAGUGGCCCUUCCAGCCCUUUGAGCUACGCCACCUCAGAAACCUCCGAUUAACCUUAAUCUAAUCACAGGACAGUUUACAAUGACCAGUUAACCAAUUUGAUACGUCCUUGGACUGUGGGGGGAACAUGGAAGACCCGGUGAAAACCCACGUAUUGCACAGGCAAAAUGCAGAGAGUCCUUACAGAACGGCGCCGACAUUGAACUCCGAACUCCAGAAUACUGUGAUAGCAUCACACUAACCGCUAGGCUACCGUGGUGCCCAAUCUGUUUAAUGUGCACACAUUCCCAUCAACAAUAUGUUUCAGUGUGCACAUUUAAAUCAGAAAUUGUCAGUGAAUACCUUUAAAAAAACAUUAAACCAUAAAUUUUUCUGAAUUAGGCCAUUCAGCCCAUUGAGUCAUGGCUGACUUCUGAUCCCUCUUAGCCCCAUUCCCCUGCCUUCUCCCAGUAGCGUUUGCCCAGACUAAUCAAGAACCUAUCAACCUCUGCUUUAAAUAUACCCAGUGACUUGGCCUCCACAGCCAUUUGUGGCAAUGAAUCCCACAGGUUCACCACUAAAGAAAUUCCUUACCAUUUCGGUUCAAAAUGGAUGCCCCUGUCUUGAGGCUGUGCCAUUUAGUCCUAGUCUCCCCCACUAUAGGAACUAUCCUCUCCAUAAACACUCCUUCUUGGCCUUUCAAUAAUAUUGUCAUAUUAUCUAUCUCUAAUUACACCCUGAUCAUUAAUCCUGUCCCUCAGUAUAAUGGUAGGCUCUUCUUCUUCCACCCUGGGAAAAUGUCUCUACUAUCCACAUCAUCUAUGUCUCUUAUCAUCUUGUAUACUAAAUUUGCAUUAUCAGUUUGCCCUAACUGUGGCCACAAAAUUUUAUAAUCACUAUAUAAAAAUAAUUAUUGAUAAAAGAAUUGUGAAUUACUGGCUUAAACAUGAAAGAUAGAUUGAUGUGAAUCCCUUUGGCCCACAAUGUUGUACCAAACCAAUUAAACUAGUAAUCAAUUGGCCAAAUAAACUAUUCCUUUCUGCCUACACAAUGUCCAUAUCCUUCCAUCUUCCUCACAUUCAUGAGCCUAUCUAACCGUCUCUUAAAAGUCUCUAAUGUAUCUGCCUCUACCACCAGCCCAGGCACGCACCUUUCUCUGUUAAAAAAAAAACUUGCCUGUCACAUCUCUUUUGAAAUUACUCCUUCUUACCUUAAACGCAUGUCCUCUGGUAUUAUACAUUUCAACCUUAGGAAAACGAUACUAUCUUUGCCUCUCAAAAUAUCAUAAGACCAUAAGAUAUAGGAGCCAAAGUAGGCCAUUCAGCCCAUCGAGUCUGCUCCGCCAUUCAAUCAUGGGCUGAUCCAGUUCUUCCAGACAUCCCCACUCCCCUGCCUUCUCCACAUACCCUUUGAUGCCCUGGCUAAUUAAGAACCUAUCUGUCUUUGCCUUAAAUACAGCCAAUGACUUGGCCUCCACAGCCACUCGUGGCAUCAAAUUCCACAGAUUUGCCACCCUCUGACUGAAGUAAUUUCUCCGCAUCUCUGUUCUAAACGGACGACCUUCAAUCCUGAAGUUGGGCCCUCUUGUCCUAGACUCCCCUACCAUGGGAAAUAACUUUGUCAUAUCUAAUCUGUUAAGGCCUUUUAACAUUUGGAAUGUUUCUUUGAGAUCUCCCCCCCCACCUCCAUUCUCCUGAACUCCAAGAGCUACCAGGCGUUCCUCAUACGGUAACCCUUUCAAUCCUGGAACCAUUCUUGUGAAUCUUUCCUGAACCUUCUCCAAUGUCAUUAAAUCCUUUCUAAAAUAGGGAGCCCAAAGCUGCACACAAUAAUCCAAGUGUGGUCUCAUGAGUGCCUUAUAGAGCCUCAACAUCCACAUCCCUGCUCUUAUAUUCUAUACCUCUAGAAAUGAUUGCCAACAUUGCAUUCGCCUUCUUCACCACCGACUCAACCUGGAGGUUAAUCUUUAGGGUUUCUUGCACAAGGACUCCCAAGUUCCUUUGCAUCUCUGCAUUUUGAAUUCUUUCCCCAUCUAAAUAAUAGUCUGCCUGUUUAUUUUUCCCACCAAAGUGCACGACCAUACACUUUCCAGCGUCGUAUUUAAUUUGCCACUUCUUUGCCCAUUCCCCUAAAAUAUCUAAGUCUCUCUGCCGGCUCUCUGUUUCCUCAACACUACCCGCUCCUCCACUUUUCUUUGUAUUGUCGGCAAAUUUAGCCACAAAUCCAUAAUACUGUAGUCUGAAUCAUUGACGUACAUCAUAAAAAGUAGCAGUCCCAACCCCGACCCCUGUGAAACUCCACUGGUAACCGGCAGCCAGCCAGAAUAGGAUCCCUUUAUCCCACUCUCUGCUUUCUGCUGAUCAUCCAGCGCUCCACCCAUGCUAGUAAUUCCCCUGUAAUUCCAUGGGCUUUUAUCUUGCUAAGCAGCCUUGUUAAAGGCCUUCUGAAAAUCCAUGUACAGCAUGUCUACUGCAUCUCCUUUGUCUACCCUGCUUGUAAUUUCCUCGAAAAAUUGCAGUAGGUUAGUCAGGCAGAAUUUUCCUUUCAGGAAACCAUGCUGGCUUUGGCCUAUCUUGUCAUGUGCCUCCAGGUACUCUGUAAUCUUAUCCCUAACAAUCGAUUCCAACAACUUCCCAACCACUGAUAUCAGGCUAACAGGUCUAUAGUUUCCUUUCUGCUGCCUCCCGUCCUUCUUAAAUAGCGGAGUAACAUUUGCAAUUUUCCAGUCAUCCUGUACAAUGCCAGAAUCUAUUGAUUCUUGAAAGAUCAUUGUUAAUGCCUUUGGUCAGGUCACUGGUCUGAGUGCUACUGGUACCAUGUAACCCAGUACUACCUGUCGUAUGGUCGGGUGGUUGGUGACUAAACUGGCUCCCCCACCAGGCUUGCCUGGUGAGGAGGGUGGCUAGACACCCUGCAGGACGAAAAACAAGACCUGUCAAAGGGUGGAUGAACUCUCUCGUAAGGUAAACGGUCAUCUAGCAAACACGUGCCGUGAAGCGCAGAAAGGGCUCCCUUGCAUCGAAGCUUGGUCUGGCCAUUCACUGCGACAGAACUUCCCCCAGCCGUCUUGGACCCCACCAUGCCGCUGGAUCUGGGAGGGGAUGUCGAGAGGGUGGGUCUGGACCUGUGCAACCCCCUACUCACCUAAAACCCACUCACGCACACGCUGUUCCUUUCUGAGGAGUGGGGUACUGACUGACUGAGAGGAACCAUCAUCAUCCUAUUGGGAUGGAUAGCCAGAGAAUGCCUCCGCAAUCUCUCCAGCUACUUCCUUCAGAACCCGAGGGUGCAUUCCAUCAGGUCCAGGAGACUAAUCUACCCUCAGACCAUUAAGCUUCCUGAGCACCUUCUCAAUCGUAAUUUUUACUGCACAUACUUCACUUCCCUGACACUCUUGAAUGUCCGGUAUAUUACAGAUGUCUUCCACUGUGAAAAAUAAUGCAAAAUACUUAUUCAGUUCUUCUGCCAUUUCUGUGUCUCUCAUUACAAUAUCUCCAGCGUGAUUUUCUAUUGGUCCUAUAUCUACCCUCAACUCUCUUUUACCCUUUAUAUACUUAAAAAAGCUUUUAAUAUCUUCUUUGAUAUUAAGAGGAUAGAAGAUUGUCUUUAUUUAUCUAUCACAUGUACAUCGAAACAGUGAAAUGUAUCGUUUGCCUCAACGAAAAACACAAAACAAGGAUGUGCUGGGGCAGCUCACAAGCACUGCCAUGUUUCUGAGGCUAACACAGCUCACCCACAACUCACUAACACACUAACACAGCUCACCCACAACUCACUAACACAGCUCACCCACAACUCACUAACACAGCUCACCUACAACUCACUAACACACUAACACAGCUCACCCACAACUCACUAACACACUAACACAGCUCACCCACAACUCACUAACACAGCUCACCCACAACUCACUAACACACUAACACAGCUCACCCACAACUCAUGACCUUCUUAGCUUCCUUCUGUAAGUUUUUAAAAGCUUCCCAAUCCUCUAUCUUCCCAGUAGCUUUGGCUUCCUUGUAUGCCCUCUCUUUUGCUUUUACUUUGACUCUGACUUCACUUGUCAGCCACGGUAGCAUCCGUCUUCCAUUCGAAAAUUUCUUCUUAUUUGGAAUAUAUCUAUCUUACACUUCCCUAAUUUUUUGCAGAAAUUCCAGCCAUUGCUGUUCUGCUGCCCUUCCUGCUGGUGUCCCUUUCAAGUCAACUUUGGCCAAUUCCCCUCUCAUGCCAUUGUAAUUUCCUUUAUUCCACUGAAAUACUGACACAUUGGAAUUUAGUUUCUCCUUCUCAAAUUUCAGUGAACUCGAUUAUAUUGUGAUCACUGUUUCCUAAGGGUCCUUAAGCUCUAUUAUCACCUCCAGAUCAUUGCACGACACCCAAUCCAGCACAGCCGUUCCCCUAGUGGGCUCAACAACAAGCUGUUCUAAAAAGCCAUCUGGUAGACAUUCUACAAAUUCUCUCUCUUGAGGUCCAAUACUGGGCUGGUUUUCCCAAUCCACUUUCAUUUUAAAACCCCCAAUGAUUAUCAUGACAUUGCCCUUCUGACACGCCUUUUCUAUCUCCUGCUGUAAUUUGUAUUCCACAUCCCGGCUGCAGUUUGGAGGCCUGUAUACAACUGCCAUUAGGGUCCUUUUACCCUUGCCAUUACAAACCUCUAUCAGAUCUCCCCUCAGCAUCCGCCUGUCCGGAGAAAACAACCCAAGUUUGUCCAGCCUCUAGUUAAAGCACAUGCCCUCUAAGCCAGGCAGCAUCCUGAUAAACCUCUUCUGCACCCUCUCCAAAGCCUCGACAUCUUCCUAUAAUGGGGUGACCAGACUAUAUGCAAUACUCCAUGUGUGGCCUAACUAGAGGUUUAUAUAGCUAUAAGUUGUGAAUUAGUGGCCUACUUGUCCUGUAGACUCACCCUGGUAGAGCCUAUCUAGCUGAAAUCUUAAGAAAGGAUGCAUGAACAUUCUUUUUCGUGGAUUUGCAAUGUCACUUGUUCACAUUCUGCUGUGUUACUGCUUGACUGGGUGGAAGAAUGUUUUAUUUAUUCAGAUCCACAAGGCUGUGUUCAGCAAAUUCUCAGGUAUAGGUGGCUCAUGGCCAUCUUAAGCGAAUUCAGUUGCUAAAGGUGUACGGGAUCAGUCCGCCUUGUUUGGACAGAGUGAAGUAUCAGUGAGAGGCAAACUGCUGGGCUCUGUUUACCGAGUAUAAUGUGACUUCACAAUGUACACUCUUCACAAACUGGUAAUAUUUUUGAUAAAAGCAUCGACCAUGGAACCAGCCCUUUGGCCCAGAAUGUUGUCCUGAACCAAUUAAAUUAGCAAUCAAAUGGCCAACCAAACUAAUCUCUUCUGCCUACACAAUGUCCUCCUCACAUUCAUGUGUCUAUCUGUCUUAUCGAAACGUCUCUUUAAAAAAUCUCUAAUGUAUCUGCCUCUACCACCACCACAGGCAGCACAUUCCAGGCACCCACCACUCUCUGUGGAAGGAGAAAAGUUACCUAGUCCUCACAUCUCUUGGGAAAUUACCCCCUCUCACCUUAAAUGCAAGCCCUCUGGUAUUAGGCAUUUCAUUUCUGGGAAAUAGAUAUUGUCUCUCUACUCCAUCUAUGCCUCUCAUAAAUGAUAAACCUCUAUCAGAUCUCCCCACAGCCUCUGCUGAGCUUGUUUCAUCCUAACCAGUAUCUCGCUGUUCCCAAAUGUCCAAAGAUCCCAAACUCUCCAAACCAUUGUCCAUCAAACGAACUUUGCUUGGUUGUGUAGUAAAUGGUUAUAAUGUAACUUGCAGCUUUUAUGGAAAGAGCUGUUCCAUCAGCAACUGCACCCCACCCCACCCCCCCCCACCUACCCCCGCAUCCCCUCUGGUUGGUGAAGCAGCCGCCCUCCUGCAAAUACUGCAUGUUGCAUGUGUGUGUUGUCAAGUAAGUGUAAGCCACUGGUACAUGUUGUGUGUGUUUCAAGCUGCCUUGUGCAAGUUGAGCAGUUGGGGGUGAGCAGAGGCCUUACACGGCCAAGUUGUGAGGUCCGGCUGAAGCAGGUGACCCAUUUCUUUAAGCAACACACACAAACGUUAGAGGAACACAGCAGCUCAGACAGCAUCUAUGGAAAUGAUUAAACAGUCAACAUUUUGGGCCGAGGCCCUUCAUCACAACUGGAAAGCAGGGGGGAAGAUGGCAGAAUAAGAAGGUGGAGGGAAGAGAAGAGAAGAAGGACAAGCUGAAAGGUGUAGGUGAAGUCAGGUGGGUGGGGGAGCAGGUGAAGUAAAAAGCUAGGUUAGGUGGAAAACGUAAAGGGAUGGAGAAGAAGGGAUCUGAUAGGAGAGGAGAGUGGACCAUGGGAGAAAGGGGAGGAGGAGGGGCAUUAGGGAGAGUGAUAGGCAGGGGAGGGGAGGAGGUACAAGGGGAGCCAGAGUGGAGAACUGAACAAGGGGGAAGCAGGAGGGUAAAAAAUUGCUGAAAGUUGGUGAAAUCGAUGUUCAUGCCAUCACUACCCAGGUGAAAUAUGAGGUGUUGCUCUUUCCACCUGAAAGUGCCCUCAUUGUGGCAGAAGCGAAGGCCAUAGACCAUUUAUUCAAGAGUAAUUUGUGACUGUUUUAAUUGAAUUACUCAGAGAAAGGUGGAGUGCAGGGCGUAGAAGGAACCUCCAUCAAUCUGUAUUUCAAAUGUCUCAGAUUUCCUAGAACAUUGUUCAGUGCUGUACUGUAUACUCCUGACUCUCCAUACACCGAGCUUUCCCUGUGAACGAGAAGCAGCCUGUCCUCCUGCCACAUCUGUAACUGGCUGAGCUGGGACUGUGCCAGCAGGGAGUCUCGCGAAAGCAUGGCAGCUGAAAGAUUGGCUUUCAAUUCCCACUGCUGUUUGUAAGGAAUUUGUACAUUCUCCCUGUGAUCGACUGUGUUUCCUCUUCCAGUUGCUCCAGUUUCCUCCCUCAUUCUAAAGACCUACAGGUUAGGGUUAGUAAGUUGUGGGCAGGCUAUGUUAGCGCUGGAAGCAAGGCGAUAGUUGUGGGCUGCCCUGCACUAACUUCACUGAUUUGAAUUGAUGCAAAAAUGACACAUUUCACUGUAUGUUUUGAUGUACAUGUGACAAAUAAAGUGAAUCUUCCUUCAGAGGGAAUGCAGGCCAUGGGAUCGAUGCUGUGUAACACAAGAUCCCCUGUCCCUUCACUGACACUGGUUCAGCAACAGUUUGCUUUACCUUUGAAACAGACAACUUUAGAUCUCAGUUCAACAGAUUCAGCACUCUGGUUAAAGAAAUUUCUCCUUAUCUCUGUUCUAAAUGGAUGUCUUUCUAUUCUGUGGCUGUGCCUUCUGCUCCUAGACUCCCAUUAUAGGAAACAUCCUCUCCACAUCCACUCUAUCUGGGCCUUUCAAUAUUCAAUAGGUUUCAAUGAGAUCCCCAUUCAUUCUUCUAAGCUCCAGUGAGUACUGUCCUACUGCUGUGAGCAAGUUCCCUUCUCUACACCUUUGCCCUCCAGAGGUCCUCACAACCUCUUCAAACUUCCUCUCUCACCAAGAUUUAAUCAUCACAUGAGCCUCGUCCUCCUGCACUCUCACUCCCCAAACUGCAUAAUUCCUCACUCCAUCUCCUCAGGCACCUUUAUAUUAAUUGGCUUUGGUUCAUCCUUAUUCUGAUUCGAAAUCCAGAAAGAUAAUUUGGGAUUUGCACCCUUGUAAUUUUCUAGAGCUCUAACAAUACCUAGUUUCUUGAACCUUUCAUAAGCUUUUCUUUUCUUUUUAGCUAGAUUUUUUAUAUAUCCUUUGUACACCAUGGUUCUUUAACCCUACCAUCCUUUCCCUCCCUCAAUGGAACAUACCUAUGCGGAACUCCAUGCAAGUGUUCCCUGAAUAUUUGCCACAUUUCGGCCGUGCAUUUCCCUGAGAACAUCUGCUUUCAAUUUAUGCUUCCACGUUCCUGCCUAAAAGCAUCAUAUUUCCCCCUACACCAAUUAAAUGUUUUUCCAGGUUGUCUGCUCUUAUUCCUCUCCAGCGCUAAGGUGAAGGAGAUAGAAUUAUGAUCACUACCUCCAAAAUGCUCUCCCACCAAGAGAUCUGACAUCUGACCAGGUUCAUUUCCCAAUACCAGAUCACGUACAGCCUCUCCUCAAGUUGGCUUAUCUACAUAUUGUGUCAGGAAACCUUCCUGAACACACCUAAUGAACUCCAUCCCAUCUAAACCCAUUGCUCUAAGGAGAUGCCAGUCAAUAUUAAGCACAUUAAAAUCUCCCAUCACAACAAUAUUAUUAUUUCUCCGUUCCAGAAUCUGCCUCCCUAUCUGUUUCUCGAUAUCCCUGUUACUAUUGGGGGGGUCUAUAAAAAGGACUCAGUAGAGUUAUUGCCCCUUUCCUGUUUCUACUGAUUCAAGUAGACCAUACCUCCAUGACUUCCUCCUUUUCUGCAGCCGUGACGCUAUCCCUAAUUAGCAAUGCCACACCCACACCUCUUUUGUCUCCCUCUCUGCUCUUUUUGAAACAUCUAAAGCCUGGCACUCUCAGCAGCCAUUCCUGCCCCUGAGACAUCCAAGUCUCUGUAAUGGCCACAAUGUCAUAGUUUCACGUAUUGAUCCACGAUCUAAAUUCAUCUGCCUUGUUUAUGAUACUCCUUCAUUGAAAUAAACACAUCUCAAACCAUAAGGCUGAGUGCAUCUUUGCUCUAAAAUCUGCUUAUCCUCCUCCUUCUCUUUCUCGCAUGGUCCACCCUCCUCUCCUAUCAGAUUCCUUCUUCUCCAGCUCUUUACCUUUCACACCCACCUGUCUUUACUUGUCACCUUCUAGUUAGCCUCCUUCCCCUCCCUCCACCUUCUUAUUCUUUCACCUUCCUUUCCAGUCCUGAAGAAGGGCCUCAGUCCAAAAUGUCGACUGUUUCUUCAUUUCCAUAGAUGCUGCCUGAACUACUGAGUGUCUGUUGCUCUGGAUUUCCAGCAUCUGCAGAAUCUCUUGUGUAUAUGAAAGGAGAUUUAUAUUCAGAAGCUGAGUUCCUCCAGCAGUCUGGUUGUAUUGGGCUGUUGUGUUCUGCUCUCUCACUCAGAGUUAGUCUCCUCUGCUCCUUCCAGCUGAUUUUAUAUAAAUAUAUAUAUAUAUAUAUAUAUGUGUGUGUGUGUGUGUGUGUGUGUGUGUGUGUGUAUCUA